CUCUCCAUUUUUCUGUGCUUAGCAGCAAUUCAGAGCCUCUGCCAUGGGGGACGACAGCCGCCUUUCUCGGCAGAUCGAGAGUGUGGAGAGGAGCGUGGUCUUCCUCAGACAGGAGCACCUCUCCCUGCUGCACGGCCUCCACCUGGAGAUCCUCUCCCUGCAGAAACGAUGCUCAGAGCUGACCAGUGAGCUGAAGGUGAUGCCUCCCGGCAGGAGCCAGAUCGACCUGCAGGUGGAGGAGGAGCUGCUGGAGGCGCGCUGUCGGGACGUGGAAAACCACCUGUCAGAGCAGGAGUGCACUUUAGGUGAGAUCCGCAAGGAGCUGAGCCACAAGGGGGCCUUGGUGGGGGCCCUGAGGGCCAACCUCAAGGAGAAGGAGCGCCACUUCCUGGAGGAGCUCAAGCGCCGCAGCCACUGCUCCACCGUCCUCAACACGGAGCUGCAGAAGCAGACGGAGGCGGCGGCGUACCUGUCCUUCCAGCUGCACGCCGCCAGGCAGAAGCUGCACCACCAGCGGAUGCAGCAGAGGCAGGGCCUCCUCGCCAGGGCCGGCGGCCAGGGGGCCCAGUACGGCGCCGAGCAGAACUGCCUGUCGGCCCAGACGCUGUCCGGAGCCUCGCCCUCCUCCCCCGUGGUCAAACCCAAGCGUAAGAGCAUCCGGGCGUCGUCCCGGGUGGAGCGCUCCAGGGAGUGUGUGCCUGUGGAGAAGGUGAUGGGCCCCGCGGAGCCCACGGCCAUGCCCGACCCCGCCCUCUUCCUCCACCCUCGCAGGCACAGAGCCCGUCCCAGGCACGCCGCCGCCCAGAGACAGCCUCCACCGGGCCUGCAGAGAGAGGCUGAGGAGGAGGAGGAGGAGGAGGAGGAGGAGGACAGACUGGUGACCUCUGCAGCAGCGCCCCCUGCUGCUCAGACCAAGGCAGACUGA